GGGAGGACCCGCUGACUACUGUGUCAACCCGUCUGAAUCCGUCUCCCAUUGAGGAAUGCUGGAUGUUUCACUGAAUGUUUUACUCACUGCUCCGCUUUGUUUUCACUCGACACCGAGGACGACCGGAGAGGCGGUUUUUAUCACGGCAGCACAGACUGCAUCCCCACUCCUGAGGCAUCAACUCCAUUUGCGUGCCACUGCCAAGCUCUUAAUGGCAUUGCCAUGUGGAAGGUAACUUAAACUCCCAUCUUUUGCCCUUUGGUCCGUCCCAUGUCUGAGGACAGUGAUCCAAAGCACUACCUGUACUCAACCCUGGACGGGCGUGAACGUAACUGUGAAAGGGUCGGCUUCCAGGUGGACGAAGAGGUGUCCUCUCCCUGUGCCUCUAUUAACCAACUUCAUCGCAUGGCUAGCAGCUACGAUGAGGGUUGUGGCGGGCGGGAUGGGGUCGAACUGGAUGCCGAGUUAGGAUUGGCCUCCGAGGGGAGCGACAGCAGCCACGAGCAUCCGACCUCGCCGGGCUCCCCACACGAUGACAGGAAGCGGCCACGGCCACCCUUACACGAAGAUGUAGAGAUGGGCGGCAGCGGAAGUGGGAGCGGGACAGAAUCCCAUGGAAACGAGUCGCACGGCAAUGAAUCCCAUGGCAAUGAAUCUGUGGGCAGCUCAAAUGGCAAUGGCAAGGAUUCCGCUCUCAUGGAGUCUUCGGGGAGCAACAAGAGCUCAAACUCUCACAGCCCCUCACCGCCAAGCAGCUCCAAUGCCUUCAGUCUGGUGAGCUCCGAGCAGGACAACCCUUCAACCAGCGGCUGCAGCAGCGAACAGUCAGCCAAAGCUAAGACACAGAAGGAGCUGUUCAAGACCCUAAAGGAGCUGAAGAUGCACUUGCCGUCGGAAAAGAGGAGCAAGGGCAAGUCCAGCACCGUCAACACGCUGAAAUAUGCGCUGCGAUGUGUCAAACAGGUGAAAGCCAAUGAGGAAUACUACCAGAUGCUGAUGAUUAAUGACAGUCAGCCACCAGGGUUUGAUGUAUCCUCCUACACCAUCGAGGAAAUCAACAGCAUCACCUCCGAAUACACCCUCAAAAACACUGAUAUAUUUGCUGUAGCCGUCUCACUCAUUACGGGGAAGAUUGUUUACAUCUCGGACCAGGCGGCGUCCAUCUUGAACUGCAAGCGGGAAGUGUUUAACAAUGCCAAGUUUGUGGAGUUCCUCACGCCUCAGGACGUCAGUGUGUUCUACAGCUUUACCACCCCCUACCGCCUGCCCUCAUGGAGCAUGUGCACCGGAGCAGAGUCAUCUCCCACGGAGUGCAUGCAGGAGAAAUCCUUCUUUUGUCGCAUCAGUGGUGGUAAGGAGCGCGAAGGGGAUCUCCAGUACUAUCCUUUCCGUAUGACUCCCUACCUGAUGAAAGUCCAGGAUGCCGAGCUGGCUGAGGAACAGUUCUGCUGCCUCCUGCUGGCUGAGAGGGUGCACUCUGGAUACGAAGCACCCAGAAUUCCUCCUGACAAGCGUAUCUUCACCACGACACACACACCAAACUGUGUGUUCCAGGAUGUGGAUGAGAGGGCUGUUCCUCUGUUGGGUUACCUCCCGCAGGACCUGAUUGGAACCCCUGUGCUCCUCAAUCUGCACCCAAGUGACCGACCCUUGAUGCUGGCUGUGCAUCGCAAGAUUCUGCAGUAUGCCGGUCAGCCGUUUGAUCACUCCUCGAUCCGUUUCUGCGCAAGAAAUGGCGAGUACAUCACCAUCGACACCAGCUGGUCCAGCUUCGUCAACCCCUGGAGCCGCAAGGUCUCCUUUGUCAUUGGCAGGCACAAAGUCCGCAUGGGUCCUGUGAAUGAAGAUGUUUUUGCAGCACCAGCUUUCCAUGGAGGGAAGAUCAUGGACUCAGACAUCCAGGAAAUCAGUGAACAGAUCCACAGGCUGCUACUCCAACCCAUCCACAACGUAGGUUCCAGCGGUUAUGGCAGCCACGGCAGCAACGGUUCCCAUGAGCAGCUGGUGGGCAUCAGCUCAUCCAGCGAGAGCAACGGGAACGUCACUGCAGGGAAGACGGCGGAGGAGACGGGCAAGGCCAAGCCUCCCAGGACAUUCCAGGAGAUUUGUAAAGGGGUCCACAUGCUGAAGAACCAGGACUCCCAGGUCUGCCUGCAUUCCCCUUCCCCUUCGGCCUCACCGUCGCCAUCGAAGCCUGAGCAAAGGAAGACCACUGACACAGCAGCUCAGAAGAGUCCAGCAGUGCGUCUGAAGGACUCGCCGCCCCCUCUGCAGGUCAGAGACAGUACUGCAGCCAGCGUGGAAGACUUCGCCUGCAAAGACCAGACUGUCCACUCCUACCAGCAGAUCAGCUGCCUCGACAGCGUCAUCAGGUACCUGGAGAGUUGUAACAUCCCUGUCACAGUGAAGAGAAAGUACCAGUUCUCCUCCAACACCACCUCCUCCAACUCUGAUGAUGACAAGAAGGGCUCAGAGGAUGGCAUGCAAGUGCCUCAAGAUACAAACCCAGACCCUUUGAUGCUCGCCGCCCAGCCAGGCCUGUCAAACAUGAAAGCCCCAAAGAAGCCAUCUAGGGCAGCUGCUGUGGUGGGAGGACCCCUGGCACCCCUCACCCUGCCCAGCAAGGCUGAGAGUGUGGUGUCCAUCACCUCUCAGUGCAGCUACAGCAGCACCAUCGUCCAUGUGGGAGACAAGAAGCCUCAGCCCGAGUCUGAGAUUAUUGAGGACGUGGCAGAGAGCCCCGCACCCCCGGCUCUGCCCAUCAGCGUGGUGUCUCCGCCCAGCCAGGAGAAGGAGGCCUACAAGCGGCUAGGACUGACCAAACAGGUGCUGGCUGCACACACUCAAAAGGAAGAGCAGGCAUUCCUCACCCGCUGCCGAGAGCUCCGCAACGCCAGGUCCUUCCAGAGGGACUGUUACACAUACCUGCACAAGCAGAGAGGGUCAGCCAACGCUGAAGAAUCAUCUGGACCACGAGGUGCAGCCAAACAGGGCACCACCAGGCCCGAGACUACUGCCAAGAAGGGCAUCCGCAAUAGGAAGUCCAAGAAGCAGCGGAUGAAGCAUCCUGAUUCGUCAGACAGCGCUGUAUCACACCGCAAACCCCGCCCCCCUCUCCAGGGUCUCAACCAAACCUCGUGGUCCCCGUCAGAAGCAUCCCAGUCAGCUUUUAACGUCUCUUACCCAACCAUGGUGCCUGCCUACCCACUCUACCCCCCUGCACCUGCUGCCCCCUCUCAGGCCCCCCACCCUGACCCCUCCCUUUCCGCAGGCUUUGGAGAGGGGCAGAGUACCCAAGCCCCUCCUACUGCCACUCCAUUUCCUGCACCCAUUGUUACACCUGUGGUGGCUCUGGUGUUACCCAAUUACCUCUUCCCCCAAAUAGGACAGUUAGGUCAGAUAGGUCAGCUGGGGGCAGCUCCUAGACCUGCGUUUUUCCCCGAGCAGACCCAGACACAACCUGCAUACACUACUCAGCAGCCGUUUCAGCCCCCGCAACCAGCCUACACCUUGCAAACACAAGCCCCCUACACCAGCCAACAGCCGUUUCCCGUGCAGACUGCCUUUGCCCCCCAGCAGCCGUUCCAAACGGCUCAGACCCCCUACACCACCCAGCAGCCUUUCCAGGCUGCUCAAACCACUUACACUACCCAGCAGACUUUCCAAGCUGCUCAGACCCCAUACACUACCCAGCAGCCUUUCCAGGCCCCUCAGACUGCCUACACUACCCAGCAGCCCUUCGCUGCCCAGCCUUCUUUCCCAGUGCAGACUCAGUUUGUGGCUCAAGCACCAUAUCCAGCUCAGCCCUUCCCUUACAGCCUUGCCACCGAGCCCCCCAAAGCCCUAGGCCGAGAGGGUGCAGCAUCACGCUCCUCCACCCCAGCCUCUGGAGCGAGGGAGCCCACCACGUCGCCACCGCUGUUUGAGUCGCGGUGCAGCUCGCCCCUGCAGCUCAAUCUGCUGAGCAUGGAGGAGGGACAGCGCUCAGUGGAACGGCAGGACAGCACAGCGCCCUCUGCUGGCAACAGUACAGCUGCAGCACCAGGGGAGAAGAACGGAGGCAACGCCAAGACUGAAAACCACAAACAGGUGGAGUCUCCAGGAGAUGGGGCUCACAGCGACGGUAACUCCUCGUCCUGCGACUUGCUUGACAUCCUGCUGCAAGAGCAGGAGGACUCCCACUCCGGCACCGGAUCAGCGACCUCUGGCUCCAUGGGCUCAGGAUCGGGCUCUGGAUCAGGCUCAGGAUCGGGUUCAGGAUCGGGCUCAGGCUGUGGUACAUCAGCUAGUAGAGCUUCAGGCAGUAGAACAGGGAGCAGCAACACCAGCAAAUACUUUGGCAGUAUUGACUCCCUGGAACACAACCCCAAGACCAAAGCCAAGACGAGAAGCGAAGGAGACUCUGAAGGCGGUCGGUCGCAGAACAAGGUCUCAACCCAAGGGGACGGAGAGCAUUUCAUCAAAUACGUUCUCCAGGAGCCCCUCUGGCUGCUCAUGGCCAAUGCUGACGACAAGGUUAUGAUGACAUAUCAAAUGCCGUCCAGGGACAUUCAGAAGGUUCUGCGAGACGAUAAGGAGAGGCUGAGACAGAUGCAGAAAAGCCAGCCUCACUUUUCCUCUGACCAGCGACGAGAACUAGUGGAGGAACACCCCUGGAUGAGGAGGGGAGGUCUACCUGCCGCUAUCAAUGUGAAGGAGUGUGUGUACUGUGAGGAUGCAGCAGCAACCCACAUCGAGGAUGACCUGCCAGACAUGGACAUGGGCGAGAUGGGGGAGGAGUUGCGCCAAGAGAGCCAGAACGCCCAGAGCCAAUCAGAGGAGUCUCAGCCUCAACCAGACACUGGCUCGUGAACAAACACGGCCAGCAGGGGGACACACUUGACCAGCCAUGGACCCUCAUGAUGCACACACGCACACACAAUGUGGAUGUGAGACAAACACACAUGAACUCAAGCAGAACUCUGUUGCCAGUGAAUGAAUAUGAGAAUGUGUGCCGCUCACGUGUGUGUGCUGUGCGGAGGACUGCCGCCGAAGUUGCCAGCACUCUCACACACACAGACUCUCACAGAAAUGACCUGACUGUGUGGUUGGUGACCUUUGGCCUCCCAAAUAUAUUUUUAUUUAACUGUAUCUCAUCUGCUUUGUCAGAGAGAUUUACAGCAACGCGAGGAGUUACAAUUUUAAACAAGUUAAUAGUGGACAUCUUAAUAUAUUUGAUGAAAAAAAUAUAUAUAUAUUGACAAAAUAAUUGUCAAUAAACAAUUUAAAGAUGUUAUUAACAAGCAGCCCAGCAUUGCUGUUUAAAUACUACCAGACAUUAUGUUUGUGUUUUCUUGUUUUUGCCAUUCAAGUCCUUCAAACCCCAGGAUUCUCUUUGUUUUUGCCCACUAGGAACUAUUUAGAAUAGAUGCGGUGCUCAUAGGAUGAUGUAGUCCCGGUCAAAGGGCAGGGACAGGAACUCUUGCUUUGGCAUCAUGGAUGAGUGUUUAUCGCCUACAGCAGUGGUAGAACCUGACUCUACAGCCAACGGAAGGCUGAUUGUAACUUUCUACAACAGUGACAAUCUGAUACGUAGUGCACGAUGAUCAUUUAACUAAGUCUCUUAUUUAUUUUCUACCAGAUAAUGUAUCUAGAAUAGAUUUUUUUAAGCUUAAGCCAAAUCCAUUCAGCUUAGUACUUGUAUAUGAACAGUUUACAGGCGUUGACAAUUAACUCCACAGGAAAUUUCAAGUGACUGAGUAACUGGAGAUAGUUUGUCCAUUUCACAGAUUAACCUCAAAGUGUUGUAGGCAUCUGCCGAACUUAAAACAGCACGGGUGCUAUGAAGAAGCAGACAUCAUCACAGAUUAAGAAGCUGCUGAAAUAUUUUUGCUUAUGUAAAAAAGUCAACAUCAGAAUUGCUACGUGAAAAGCAGAGGUUAAAAGGAUGGUGGUUAUACAAACUAACAAGUUCCUUUUGACAUCCAAUUUGUAUCUUAAAAUGGCACAUUUUGUUUUCUUUUUUUUAAGAAACUAUAUCGAUGUACAUUGCAGAAUAUUGCAAAAACUGUUGAGUAAUAUUCUUUUUCUGUCAGUAUGGUGCAUCUCUACUACAAAAUGUUAUUUUUAGAACAAACCAGUACUAUUUAUACUUUAUGCAAAGUUAUAUUGUCUCCACUUCUGAGACAUUUCCUCUGCUCAUUUUCUCACACAUGUAUUUUUCUGGAUCAAAAAAUAGAAAUACAGUUUUUAUUUUUUACAAAACUGGCAUUUUUCAGGCACCACCAGAAAGACUGUAAGUCAUACGUCCCUGCAGCACACAUCCUUGAGUAAUGUAAAAGCUUUGGGUCAAAUAUGUUUUAGCAUCAGCACUGAAAUAUAGAUUUUGAUUGGUAAACAGCAUUACAAUUGUAGCAAAUAUGGGGACCAUGUUGCCUCAGUGACCUUCUAAAGGGCCCUGGGUUACACAGGAAAUGGUGACAUGUAUGCAUCAGCAACCAUGCAAGCCCCUCGUCAUCUAACAUGAAGUAUUAAGAAAACUGUGAUCCACAUUGGCUCCAUGCAGUCGAGGUGAACAGCACGAGAACUGGGAACAACCCUGGUGCUACAGCAGAGAAACUGUUGUGAAUGUAAGACGGACCAGACCAAGAGCACCUCACUGACUUAGUUUGUUUUCAUGGUUUACUUUCUUUCUUUCUUUUUUCAUUUCUCGUUCACUGUUCACUUGUCAGAACUUUUUUUUUUAUUGUUCUAUUUUUCAAAAUUUUCUUUUGCGUAUUUUAUUUUAUUUGUUUGACAAAAAUAAUGGCUUUUGAGUGUCAUUGGGGACGGACCCUACCUCUGAUGAAUCCCAGGUCAUGUUACUGUAAGCAGAACAUAGCAUGUGUACACAUGUGGGCAAACGCAAUGGACAGAGUGGUCAGAUACUUAAGUGAUUCCGGUGAGUGAUGGGUUUGUACAGAGAGUCUCUGUCUGCUUUCUGUCUCUCUGAAUGAAUGUGUGCACAAAGAGGACAGCCACCUGUCACCACCUUUUGUCUCUUUUCUGUGCAAAAUAUCUCAAAGGGGGGCCUCCAAUGCUCACCUGUGUAUAAACUAUUAAGAAUGGAAGAAUGUUGUUAAUUCAUGUGGACAUAAGCUGUUCUGAAUGCUGAGAGUAAGCCAGAGAAUGAUUCUGCACUAGUGCUGAAGCCUUACCUUUCUCAUAGUGGGAAUCUAUUUUUAAAUGAUUACACACUGGUGGGCCGUUGGUAGCACCCUGAGCUGUAAAUGCAUACACACGGUACAAGCACACAAUGCUGCGUACAGUCAUGUAAAUUUGUUUCCUUGCCACUGGAGUCUGUGGUAUUAAACUAGCACAGUUCUGUGCAUUUUUGUAGAUAAGAUGUGUUUGUUUGAGAUAUGGAAAUUAUGUUGUAAUAAAACUACAGAAAUAUAA